GACCCCUUAGAACCCCUAUCCAAAUCAUUCCCGAAACCCCAGAAUACAUCACAGAAAGAGCACAUACCCCAUCCGCAAGCUUUCCGCCCAUCCAUCUUCCCCACAAUCUUACGCAGGAACAGCAAGGUACAUCUUAUACAGCUUAGCACGCCUCGGGCGCCUUACCCAACAUCAACACCUUGCAUGUUCGCACAAGGUGGGGGGCCCUAAAGUAUACUCAGUAGCAAACACUAGGGACCCAACGCGCUUCUUCGCCGCAUAGUUAGAAGAAUACGAGGCUUUGCAGAUCUCGUCGCUAUCCGUUCGAGUAGUCAUGCUCGGAUUCGACGCGGGUGGGCAUCGGAACGCAUCUUGCAGACAGGUCAGGAAGUUAGCUAGAGCCGAUGGGAAAACGGAGCUGGACGGACACAAGAGAAAUACUAACUAGCCAUACUAAUUUCAACAGCGUCUGCAUAGCUAGGCGCCUCAUUCCAAGCUCCCCGAACCCUCCCAAAAGCCCCCAUUCUUCUCUCCUCAGAUAUAAAUACCCUUCCCCAUCCCAACUAUCCACCAUCGCCUCAGUCCCAUCACCUCUCCCACUCAAAACCAGCCUCUCAGCACGAACAAGCCCUCGCAUUUACAAUGCGCGUCUCUCUCACCAUCAUUAUCACCGCCCUGCUGGCCACUCUCGCAGCCGCCAAAUGCGGCUCGCACCCGAACCGCCGUUGUCCGAAUGGCCGACACUUCUGCCAGCUGAACCCGAUUGUUCCGGGGACUUGCAAGAAAUGCCGUGUGCAUUGCUAG